AAGCUUCUAAAAUUAGUUUUGAAAUAAUUCCCUUUGAUCAUUGCUAACAGUGUUGCGAUACAAAGCAGCAACAUAUCGAAAUGGCUGAUGAUAAUUCUUGGAAAACAUCAAACUUCCGGCAAAGCGUAGUAAACAAGAUCAAUGAAGCUAUCCAGCAAUCCGGGUUGACAUCUAGCAAAAAUGGUCUUGAAAUGGAAAAUCACGUUUUCACUAAAGCCCGCACCAAAGACGAAUACCUUGGCUAUGUCGCUCGUUUGAUUCUUCACGUCCGCGAAAUGAAUUCGAAGAAAAAUCCACAAAAUGUGGCAGGCUCAAAUCAAGACGGAGGCAAUCCCGGCCAGCAGGGCGGUAUGCCGGAUCCUAUAAACGCUUUGCAGACGCUGGCGUCGCAGGGCACUCGGCCGCAAAUGAUGGGCGGACAAAUGGGACCGGGAGGCCCCAUGGGUGGUCAAAUGGGCGCUGGCAAUGCUUCCAAUUUGCUACAGACAUUGAAUCGUCCUCAGAUGCCGAUGACGGGCGCUAUGGCCGGGAUGCAAGGAGCGAACCGCGUAGGCAUGGGAGGACCCAAUCAAAUGGGUGGUAUGAUGUCAGGGCAACCAGGAAUGCCGAAUCAAAUGGGUGGUGUUAUGGGACCCGGCGGAAUGAGCGGAGGAAAAAUUGUCGGCAUUGGUAAUCAGAAUCAAAUGGGUCAAAUGAAUCCUAUGCAGAUGCAAAAUCAGAUGGGCGGAACGGGUAUGCAACAAGGUCAGCAGCAACCAGGACAACAGCAAGGAUCCGGUCCAGGCGGUUCUAACCAGAUCAAUCCAAUGAGUGCGAUGGGCGGAAUGCAAAUGAACCCCGGAGCUCAGAUGAACCAGAACGCUUUAAGUCAACAAUUGAACUCAGCUGGUAUGAAUCAAGGACCGGGUCAAAUGACCGGUGGUAGUCCUAUGGAUAAUAUGGGUGUUAAUCCAAAUCAAGUAAUUCGACAACAAUUACCUCCAGGUAUGAAUCCAAAUCAACAACAAAUGGGUAUGGCUGCAGGACAGAUGAAUCAGAUGAAUUCAGGAGUUGCUGGCCCUGGAGGAAAUAUGACGCAAAUACAGCAACAGGCAGUUGCUCAACAGCAGGCGCAGGCGGGAAUCGGUAAUAUGGGACCUGGCAAUUUACAACAGCAAAGUAAUCAACAACAGCAAGCUCAGGGUGUGUCAAACGUUGGUCCUGGGCAGAUAAAUGCUACAGGGAUGGGUCCUGGUGGAAACAUUCCAGGUAAUCAAAUGGGGGGUUCUCAAGCAAAUUUUGUACCCAUUGGAGCGAAUUCUAUGAUUCGAAAACCACAGGACAUGAUGAGUGGCGGUCAAGUUUAUCCUGGCGGAGCGGUACGCAGUGUUACUCCAAACCAAUUCCUACGUCAAUCACCCUCUCCAUCGGUGCCGUCACCAGUUGGACCAGGAUCCAUGGGACCACAAUCCCAUCCGGGGCAGAUGAUUCCAAGUCCGGCUUUAAUUCCUUCUCCUAGCCCACAAAUGGGUAGCGUUCCUCCUAGGAACAUUGGACAAUCUCCUGGUUCUACUCUGAACACACCAGGUCAACCAGGUGGAGCUGCACCUAGUCCUUUAAAUCCUCAGGAUGAACAACUUUACCGCGAGAAGUAUCGAUCUUUGACAAAGUACAUAGAACCACUCAAACGUAUGAUUGCGAGAAUGGAAAAUGACGAUGUGGAUAAAAUCGGUAAAUUGAAACGAUUGUUGGAAAUACUAUGCAAUCCAACUCGGCGUAUUCCUUUGGAAACGCUAUACAAGUGCGAAGCUGCUCUUACCAGCCAGCUCGGCUCGAUGCGUGAAACACCGCUCAACAAUCCGCUUGUUGAAGCCGUUUCCGCUAAUCUACAAAGUUCUCUUGGAAACCACACACUUCAACGCACAUUCCGCCCUUGUUUGGAGGCUUUAUUUGGUCCAGAUAUAAAAAACCUACCAACGCCUGCUAAGCAACCACGGUUAGCAAUUGAAGAGUCCUUGGGUUCAAGCUCCGGUGGCACACAGGAGAUUCCACACAUAUUGCAGGGUGAAAUUGCCCGUCUGGAUCAAAAAUUCAAGGUUUCAUUAGAUCAAUGUGCCGUUGGUGGCACCAAAACUAUAAAGCUUAUCUGCUGGUUGGACGAUAAACAUCUUCCGUGCGUUCCGCCGGUUGCUGUUACCAUUCCGGAGGAUUAUCCGUUCAUCUCGCCUAGCUGUACGCUGAUCGAGCAAGAGUAUAAUGCAACUCCGUUUCUGAUUCAAGUGCAGAAGUCUUUCCUUGCCAGAAUCUGCAAGUUGCCGGAGAUGUUUUCACUGUCGCAUCUGCUAGAUAGCUGGGAAAUGUCGGUUCGUCAGGCUUGCGCCCCCAAUCCCAGCCAGGUGGCGCCGAGUGCCACCAGCGUGCUGCUCGGCAUGUAAUAUGCUCUAGUUUAGGUAAGUGCUUUUCCAAUUAGACCGUAUGAAUAAAAGAGUUAGAGCAAACUCUCCCAUUAGAUUUACUCGGGAAAAGAAAAGCAAACUGUUUUAUUCAUACGGCCUAGUGUAUCAUUUUCAUUGCAUGAUUAAUUUGUUUUCGUUUCUAUUCUACGAAU